UUCUUUGUUUCCAUUUUCUCCCUCAUCAAAAUUUGCAACAACAAAUCAAUAUGACUACUUUCAAGAAGUUAACAAUCUUCCUCUUUCUCUCACUUUGCCUUUCAUCAUCAUGGGCCAACAACACUCAUGAAGAUUUUCUUGAAUGCCUUUCGCACAAAAUUAUGAACUCAAACUCAGUAUCACAAGUCAUUCACACACCUAAUAAUUCAUCAUAUUCCACCAUUUAUAACUCCUUUCCAGAUAAGUUACUGAUGACCUCCAACUUCAAACGAAUCAAACCAUCUAUUAUUUUCACUCCUAGUGAUGAAUCUCAAAUCCAGGCAGCUAUACAUUGCUCCAAGAAACAUGACCUACAGAUCAGAAUUCGAGGCGGUGGACAUGACUAUGAGGGACUUUCAUACAUUUCUGAAACCCCUUUUGUCAUUAUUGAUCUUAGGAACCUAAGAUCAAUCUCCAUUGAUACCGAAGACAAGACUGCUUGGAUUCAAGCUGGCGCGACCCUUGGGGAAGUUUACUAUAGAAUCGCGGAGAAAAGUAAAACAUUAGCCUUUGUUGGUGGGGUUUGCCCUACCGUUGGUGUUGGUGGACACUUUAGUGGUGGAGGCUAUGGCAUGAUGUCACGGAAAUUCGGUACAGCUGCUGAUAACAUCAUUGAUGCUAAGCUAAUCGAUGCCAAUGGACUGAUCCAUGAUCGAGAAUCAAUGGGUGAGGAUCUCUUUUGGGCUAUUAGAGGAGGUGGAGGGACUAGUUUUGGUCUCAUUAUCUCAUGGAAGGUGAAAUUACUCAAUAUUCCUGAAAAAGUGACUGUAUUCAAUGUGACACGAACCUUGGAACAAAAUGCAACUCAACUAGUAUACAAAUGGCAAUAUAUCGCGCACAAAGUUGAUGAUAGUCUUCUCCUCAGGCUCUUCCUGAGGAGUAGUCAAUCUCCAUUCAGGCCUGGGCAAAGGACUGUCUACGCCUUUUUCACUACAUUGUUCCUUGGAGGAGUGGAUGAACUUCUUCCCGAAAUGCAAAAGAGCUUCCCGGAACUAGGAUUAGUGAAAGAAGAUUGCAUUGAGAUGAGUUGGAUCAAAUCUAUACUCUUCUUUGCCGGUUUCCCUAGUGGCACGCCAAUUGAAUUGUUACCAAUAUAUUGGAAAUUCACCACUAAUCAAACCGAAUUCUUCAAAGGGAAAUCAGACUAUGUCCAACGUCCAAUUUCUAUAGAUGGUCUUGAAGGUAUAUGGAAACUAUUCAACCAAGUAGGCGAAAAUGCAGCCGAAUUACAGUUUAGUCCCUAUGGAGGAGAGUUGAGUGACUUCUCAGAAUCUGAAACACCUUUCCCUCAUAGAGAUGGAAACAUAUUCAUGAUCCAUUAUAGUGUGAAUUGGGAAAAAAUGGAAAGUUCUGAAAAACAUCUAUCUUGGAUUCGAAAACUUUACCAAUACAUGGCUAGCUAUGUGUCCAAAUCUCCUAGAGCUGCAUAUUUCAACUAUAGAGAUCUUAAUUUGGGAGUGAACAACAAAGGAAACACAAGUCAUGCACAAGCAAGAAUUUGGGGUGAGAAAUAUUUCAAGAACAAUUUUGAUAGAUUGGUGAAAGUGAAGACUAAAGUUGAUCCAACAAAUUUCUUUAGGAAUGAACAGAGUAUUCCUCCUCUAGUCUAAAACUUAGUGGUAAUUUAUACUCUCUACAAAUUAAAGCCAUCACUCGUUAUCUAAAAAUGAGGCUUUUCAUAUAGUUCUUUUACGCACAUGCUACUACUAUAGUACUGAAAAAUGAAUGUAGCCAUGAUAUUCCAAUGAUUGUAUAUAAGAUAUAUAUUGUUUGAUUUAUGAAUAUUUUUCAAGUAA